GGCGCUGCGAAGCCGGAUACAACCAUCGGUGAGGUGGUUGCGGUUGGUGACGAUGCCUUAGACCGCACCGGCAAGCCCAUCCCCUCGGACCUUGCCGUGGGAGACCAGGUCCGCUUUCGCUUCGGAAAUGAGGUGAAGUUGGACCUUGGCAAGGCGGAGUUCCGCUCUGUGGAUAUUUCUGAGU